GCGCAGAUGAUGAAGAAGUUGAUGACGUUCUUUGGGCGUAUCGACGAACUGACCGAGCCCACGCUUUCUGAAGAGCAGAAGCAGGCAGCUUGGGAUGGAUUCCAGAAGGUGCCGGCAGCCUUUGUGGCGUUUAUGAACUCGAUGAAGACCAUGAAGGGUGCAGACAAGGUCAACCUCUGCCGAGUCUUCAAGCUGGCGAAAGACGUGGCUUCCUCUGGGCAGCCCAUGAACUGGCAGGUCAUGCCCAUGCUGGAUGCGGCUGGUGUGAACACCAUGAUCAUGGAUCUGGUGCAGAAGAACGACCCCAUGGUGGAGCCGGCCCCGCCCUUCUCAGCGGACGUGAAAGACCCCACCGGAAUUUGCGACUAUAGGCUGGAGGACGCGAAGAUCGACUCCGUCGUAGGGCUGGCGGGCCUGAAGCUGGAAGACCUGGUCAUCGAUGGUUCGUACGACGAGCAGAGCACUUGGGAAGACACCGCCGUCAGGAUGGACGUGGGCAUGAGGACAUGCCCCGUGAACCUGAAGGUCAAAGCAUCUGCUGACUUCAAGCAGGACAAGGGCGAAUGGUAUGACCCUU